UUUGGUUUGGUUCGGCAGUUCAGUUCGGUCCGAGUGCCCAGGCUUUUGUAUAAUAAGCCGGUUUCUUGUGAAGACAAUGAUACUUGCGGUGCAAGGAGCAAGAACGCAUUCAAUUUUUGUUUUCUAAGCUCUGAUACAAAUGCGAACUACGGCUUGUAGAGAGAUUAUUUUCUUUAUACUUUUGUAUUUUAAUCUUCAUUCAAAGUGUCGGAGACAUGCGAGGGGGACGAGCUUUAUACUUUCUUAGAAGAACAACGACGACGUUAGCUCAGCAUUUGUGUCCGCUUAUUGCAAUGCCUCGUUUGGAGUUUAGUUCGUUUCUUGAAUUAAACCCUAGCGACGUCGUCUACACCCAUAACCGUAAAAUUGAUGGAUUGAUCAAAUCCGGAAACUUGAUAUCUGCACACGAAGUGUUCGAUGAAAUGUCUGUAAGAGAUGUUGUUACUUAUAAUCUUCUUAUUUCUGGGUAUAGUCGAAACGGGUGUUCUUUAAAAGCUAUUGAACUCUAUGCGGAGCUGGUCUCUUGUGGUCUUAGAGAGAGUGCUUCCACGUUUCCUUCGGUUCUCAGUGUGUGUAGUGAUGAAUUGUUCUGUAGAGAAGGAACUCAAGUUCAUUGUAGGGUGAUUUCGCUUGGGUUUGGAUGUAAUUUGUUUGUUAGAUCUGCAAUUGUUGGUCUUUAUGCGUCUUUGCGGCUUGUUGAUGUUGCAUUGAAGCUGUUUGAUGAAAUGCCUGAGAGAAAUUUAGCAGUUUGUAAUUUGCUGUUGAGAUGUUUUUGCGAGAGUGGAGAUCCAAAGCGAUUGUUUGGUGUGUUUCAAAGGAUGGAACUUGAAGGUGUAAUUGAGAAUGGGUUAACUUAUUGUUAUAUGAUCCGUGCUUGCUCUAAUGAUCGGUUGUUAUAUGAAGGGAAGCAAUUGCAUUCCCAAGUGAUUAAAUCUGGAUGGGACAUUUCUAAUAUAUUUGUGGCUAAUGCACUUGUGGAUUUUUACUCUGCUUGUGGCGAUUUGUUCGAUUCUAUGAAAUCAUUCAAUGUUGUCCCAGAAGAGGAUGUAAUAUCAUGGAACUCGAUUGUUUCUAUCUGUGCAGAUUAUGGUUCUGUGCUUGAUUCUCUUGAUUUGUUUAGCAAGAUGCAGUUUUGGGGGAAGAGACCUUCGAUACGGUCAUUCAUGUCAUUUCUGAAUUUCUGUAGCAGAAACAGUGAUAUUCAAUCCGGGAAGCAGAUCCAUUGCUAUGUUCUAAAAAUGGGUUUUGAUGUUCGAAGUCUUUAUGUCCAGUCUGCUUUGAUUGACAUGUAUGGAAAAUGCAAUGACAUUGACAGUUCUGUGUUGUUUACCAGAGUUUGCCUUGCUUGAGUUUGGAGUGCUGUAACUCGUUGAUGACUUCUCUGAUGUACUGUGGCAUCACUAAAGAUAUUUUUGAGAUGUUUGGUUUGAUGAUUGAUGAAGGA